GAACAUGUGGCUGAGCACCCAUGCAUAUGUUCUUCUGGUAGGCCCAGGGCCAGCAAUAGCAUCCCUAGCAACUGGCAACAUGGAUGUGAUCUAAUUAUGAUCUACAUGUAUCCACCGUUAAGGCUUCCAUUCUUUACGAUCAUGGUCCCCUCAACCUGUCAACUUUGUCAUGAACAACUCAACUUUCGUUGUCCCACCGGCACUUACCACGCGGCGAACCCCAUCUCGAGCUCUACCAAGGCCCAGCCGACAAGACUCGCUGCAGCUAAUGCAAUAUCGUCAACCGCAUGUUAUUUGCAUGCGGUCUUCUAGCGAACAGCAAAGAUAAACACAGCAUGUCUCUCGGGUCCCUCACAACGGCAUUUGACCCAGCCGCAACUGGAUGCCUCGACCCGGAUAUCUUCUGGAUGGAGAGCCGUGGCGCAGAGGAAGCUCUCAAGCUGUCCAUGCAGCAAGGUGUGCCAUAUACCCAAAGACCAGCUUGUUACCCGAGGGACUAUAUUCCGGUCUCAACAUCGUAUUACUCCCCCGGCGUAUGUCCGUCCAACUAUACGGUCGCCUGCUCCUCGACUCUCAUGGAGGCGAACACUCCGGUGACAGCUUAUGUCUGUUGUCCAGCUGUAUAUUGGCAGUGGUCAUGUCCUCCGGAUGACCCGACGAGUAUUCUGCGCAGGUCGCCCUGGCUGACGACUCUGGGCUGCUGGUCCAGCCUGUCCGAGACGACCGUCAGGGUCAUGACCGAAGCCAAAAUUGGGUCAAAUGAAGUGAUAACAACCACCAUGAGCAGCGGACUGUUGGGGGCCCAUGCCAUUAACGUCAGGUUUAGAGAAGGUGAUUUUUUGAUGUCGAGAGAUCUUCCCGUGCCGAUGCAAGCUGAUCCUACCGAGAGAGCAAGCGGAACAUCCCGCCCUCCCUCGGCGGCUACACACACAAGUGACACAACCACGACAACCUGCCGUUCCGCAGAGGAAAUUACCCCCAGCAUGGCAGCGGGUAUUGCAGUGGGGUCCAUCGCAGGCGCCCUCCUGCUCAUUCUGCUUGGCUGGGUGCUGGUCCGGAUCCUGAAGCACCGAGACAAUGCAAAAGAGGCUCGAGAGAGGGCAAACAGCGCAGCAGCAGCAGCAGCAGACGCUGUCGAGAGGGCCAAGGUCAAACCUGAACUCAGGGGGACGGAGCCCCACCAUAUACGAGUGGCGGAACUGGGGCCUUCGGAGCGUCGCAUGUCGUGGGAGAAUACGUGGGAGCAUAUUACCGUGUCGCCUUCGUCGCCUUUUACGAUCGAAGCAUGUCACACGCCGACGACGGGGUGGACUCCGACUGUAGAUAUGAAGAGAGGAUGAGGUGGCACGUGUGUUGUUGCUCGCACGAUGUUCCCGGCUGCCACUUGGUAUUAUUAGUUGAGGAUGGUAUUGGUUGAGUAUGCCUCGUCGCCAAGGUGUAAGUCAGUUCUCUCCAUGUUCGCACGGAGUGGCCGGAACAACGGGAAGAGAGGCGACAUUUGUCUUGGUUGAGGGGUGUGAGCCAAGCUGAGGGGUUCACCCUUUAUAGGACACAAUGGGCGCAAAGAGUAUUGAAGUCUGUCCCAAUAUAGGACCAAUAUAGGACCAACCUUGGGCCGCAUCAAGCCCUUAACUGGGAGGUUGAGAGCCUGAGACUGGUUCCGGGAAAUCCAUCGAAUAUAUUUGAUCAUAUAUGAUGAAGAAUCUUGUCACAAGAUAUGAUUUUUUCUCUUUAUACCCG